AUAUAAGUGGGCGCGUCCGCGCGUGCGCACCCCGCGCGCGCGCGUCUCUGUAGUGGCGCGGUGUUCCCCGGUCUCCUCUGGAAAUGGGCUCCGUGGCCUAGCGUCCCCGUCCCCGCCACCCGUGAUCGUGCGCCGAGGCCCGCGAGGGGUUGCCGCCCAGGUCCCACCAGCCAGCAAGCCGGAGCAUGGCGGCCAUCCCCUCCAGCGGCUCGCUCGUGGCCACCCACGACUACUACCGGCGCCGCCUGGGUUCCACUUCCAGCAACAGCUCCUGCGGCAGUACCGAGUGCCCCGGGGAAGCCAUUCCCCACCCCCCAGGUCUCCCCAAGGCUGACCCGGGUCACUGGUGGGCCAGCUUCUUUUUCGGGAAGUCCACUCUUCCAUUCAUGGCCACGGUGUUGGAGUCCGCAGAGCACCCGGAACCCCCCCAGGCCUCCAGCAGCAUGACCACCGGUGGCCUGGCUCGGGACGCCCCGAGGAAGCAGCCUGGCAGUCAGUCCAGCACAGCCAGCGCUGGACCCGCGUCCUGACCUGAGCGGUUACCACCAGCCCGAGGCCUGCGGAGGCGCUAGUCCACCAGAGCCCCUCCCCACUCCCCGCCCCCCGUCCCCUCCCCACCUCCCGUCCCCUCCCCACCUCCCACUCCCCACCCUGUAGACCAGGCGGCUGCAGCAAGCAGACCUUCGCAUCAACACAGCAGACACCAAAAAGGAGUAAGGGCCCCGCUCUCUACCGCCCGGCCCUGGCACUCGCUAGCUUUCCUGACAUCUGGAACUGUGCACCUGGCACCAAGCGGAAAAUAAACUCCAAGCAGCCAGUAGC